AUGGCCACAGAAUUUGAUCAGUAUUUUACCUACGAAGCCCGCCUGGCCUCCUUUCAGAAGACCACCAGGAAGCGCGGAUCAACAACCGGCGGCCGAGCAGCCAAGGCUCUCAACUGGCCCCAUAGACAGAUUUCUAUCACCAGCCUUGCCAGAGCCGGGUUUGUAUUCAGACCCAGCCCCGAUAGCCCGGAUAAUACCGUUUGUUUUCUAUGCGAAAAGGGGCUGGAUGGGUGGGAGGCCGGCGAUGACCCGAUCUACGAGCACGUCAAACAUGCGCCCCAUUGCGGCUGGGCAGUAGUUGCUGCCAUCGAGGCCGACAUUGGUGAUUACGGCCGAGAGGAUCCCAACGACCCUGAAAUGAUCGAAGCUCGUAGAGCAACUUUUGCGGACCGAUGGCCUCACGAAAACAAAAAAGGUUGGAAGUGCAAGACUAAGCAGCUGGUAGAUGCUGGGUGGAAGUAUACUCCGACCAAGGAAUCGGACGACAUGGCCACGUGUGCAUACUGUCAAUUGGCACUUGAUGGAUGGGAGCAAGGUGACAAACCUUUAGACGAGCAUUACAACCGCUCUCCUGACUGUCCUUUCUUCUCCCUGGUGAGUCAAUAUAGGGCGCUAGGAAAAAGCUCUGGCCGUGGAAAAGCAUCCCGCAACUCCGCAUCGUCCGUUCAGUCAUAUGGGACAGCUGCAGCCGACGUUUCAAAUGCUAGUGAUGUGAGCGUAGGGCCCGAUGACAGUGUUCUUACAGCUGCGUCUUCGGCUUCACAACUGGGCACGAAGAAACUUAGAGCAAAGAGGGGGGCGGCGAAAGCUGGUAGAAAGAAGAUCAAGAGAGAUGAUGAGCAGUCUGAGCUUGACCAGAGCAGCCAGAUGGAAGAAGAGUCACAGCCGCCAAAGUCUAGGCGAGGCAAGAAGAGGUCGAGCGACGCAGUGGAAGAAUCGAUGCUGAGCUCAACAGAUGGGCCCAUAUCAAAGAAACGAGCGUCAGAAACCCCUGACAACGACACCAUUGAUGGCGUUGCUGUUCACGGAGAUGAUUCCGAGAUGACUGAUGUCUCCAAGGCUUCUUACAAAAAGAAGGCAGCACUGUCUACUUCAAAGGCGGGGCGCAAAGGCGCCCCAAAGCUGCACUCGCACGCAUCCAUGGCGUCUUUACGGGCUCCCGGCGGGUUUCUAAACGAUGAUGAGAUUGAACGCCAACUGGAGGUUGAUCUGGAUCGCCAAUUCACUGAUGAUGAGGAGAUUUCAUACGACUCUGACUCGUUGCGAAAUAAGACCAAGGCAAAUAGAACAGUGACAGACUCGGAAAGUGAGGCUCUUCGACCAACAAAGCCAAGGUCACCCGAGUAUGCCAUGUUUGAUUCAGUGGCACCCGAGCCUGGCGAGGAUGAGAUCGAUGAUGAGCUUAAAGCCUUACGGGCUGAGAUGGAGGUUAACGAAGCAGAGCAACCAACCCAAUCUAAGAGAGGUCGCAAAGCUGGUGUACGGAAAGGAGCAAAGCAAGUCGACGCUCCAAAGAUCGAGCGAGAGACUGAAUCCGAAUUCCCAGAGUCACAGCAGGAAGAAGAAGGAGUGGGAUCAGCUGAUGUUAGUGCCCCCAUAAAACGAGGUCGUGGUCACCCUUCAAAUGCGUCAUUGGAAUCACUGGAAUCAACGGGGCCGGAUGAGGACAUCCUGGCUGCCCCCGCUCCGGCCCCAAAACGUAGGGGACGACCGUCUAAAACUACUGCCGCAAUACAGGGUCCCCGUGAUUUUGCGGCUAUCGAGAAAAGCAAAGAGGUUCUUGCUCCUGGGAAGCGCGGACGUGGAAGACCGGCUAAGAAAUUGGUCGAAGCGAGGCCCGCAGAGCCGGUUGAGACGGAAGCCGAGGAGGACUUUGUUGAAGCCCAAGAAUCGGUGGAAGAGCCUGUUCGACUGCCCAGGCAAUCGCCAGUCAGAGCCAUUUUCUCGCCAAAUGGAGCAGUUGCAUCCCUGGCACCGCUGCCCGACACUCCGUCCAAGAGACUCUCACCCGUCCCCUCGGCCAGGCAGCCGGUGCUGUCACCUUCCCAGUCUCCUCAGUCGUCAGACGCAGAGAACCAGCCGCCUUCCUCUCUCACUGCCAGGACUGGCGCCGCCAAGCGUCUUGUGCUGGCUCCAGUAGUGUCAACUCCCACCCAUGGAUCACCUUCAAAGCGCAACGUUAUGGCCGGAGUACGAAGCACAAUGCCAUGGGCAACUGCGACUCUAGAGGCGAUUUUUGAGUCGCCGGUCGGUAGUCCAGGCAAGGAGAAUGAAGUAGAUCGUUUUUUGAAGCGAGGCAAUGAACUGACUAGUCCGGAGAGACGGAUGACUGUGGAGGAAUGGAUUUACUUUAACGCAGCUGAGGCAGAGAAGAAGCUCAAGUUCGAGUGCGAAUCUUUGGUUAACCGAUUCGAGAUGGAGGGCACAAGAGCUAUCAAAGUCUUGGAAGGCUUGGAGGUGGACGAAACCAGCUAA